AUGGUGAAUAUCACGGAGAAGAUUAAGGAGAUUGAGGAUGAGAUGCGCCGGACGCAGAAGAACAAGGCGACAGAAUAUCAUCUUGGUCUAUUGAAAGGAAAACUCGCCCGUCUUCGAGCUCAACUUCUCGAGCCAGUGGGCGGUGCAGGAUCUGGCGGUGGCGCUGGUUUCGAUGUCAGCAAGAGUGGUGAUGCCCGUGUGGCACUGGUCGGCUUUCCGUCCGUCGGAAAGUCCACUUUCUUGUCGAAGAUCACCAAGACAAAGAGUGAGGCUGCCUCCUACUCUUUCACCACGCUGACCGCUAUCCCCGGUGUUCUGGAGUAUGGCGGUGCCGAGAUCCAGAUUCUGGAUUUGCCUGGUAUUAUCGAAGGUGCCUCGGAGGGUAAGGGACGUGGUCGUCAGGUCAUCUCUGCUGCAAAGACAAGUGACCUGAUUUUGAUGAUCUUGGAUGCUACAAAGCGUGCGGAACAGCGAGCAUUGCUGGAGGCUGAAUUGGAUGCUGUCGGCAUUCGCUUGAAUAAGGAGCCUCCUAACAUUUACCUGAAGAUCAAGAAGGCUGGGGGCAUGAAAAUCACCUUCCAGGCACCACCCAAGUACUUGGAUGAGAAGAUGCUCUACAACGUGCUGCGCGACUACAAAAUCCUCAACUGCGAGGUGUUGGUGCGAGAUGAGCUCGCUACGAUCGACGACUUUAUCGAUGUCAUUAUGAAAGAUCACCGCAAGUACAUCCGCUGCUUGUACGUCUACAACAAGAUCGACAGCGUCAGCCUGGAGUUCCUGGACCAGCUGGCCCGUGAGCCGUACACGGCCGUCAUGAGUUGUGAGCUUGAUCUCGGCGUGCAGGAGGUUGUCGAGCGGAUCUGGAAGGAGUUGAGACUUAUGCGACUUUACACGAAACGGAAGGGAGAAGUGCCUGACUUCAGCGAGGCCCUCAUUGUGCGCCGGGACUCGACCAUUGAGGACGUGUGUGACCAGAUUCACCGCACGCUCAAGGAAACAUUCAAGUACGCCAUGGUGUGGGGUGCCAGCGCUCGACAUGUGCCGCAGCGCGUGGGGUUGUCACACACGGUAGCAGACGAGGAUGUGGUGUCGAUAGUGGCAAAAUAG